AUGUCGCAAGUCUCUCCAACCUCCACUGUCAGUCAAACUGAACAACAAGCUGCAACGCUUCCUGCUCAACAACAACAACAACAACAAGGCCAAACCCUUGAAAGAAACCAAAGCAGCACAUCUUCUGAUCCAGCCCUCGAUGAUGGUGGUGACGACUCUCUUUUGACCCUUCGUGCAUUGCUUUCUAGCAAAGAAGCUGGUGCAGUUAUUGGAAAAGGCGGUAAGAACAUCGCAGAGCUUCGAGAUUCUACAGGUGUCAAGGUUGGCAUCUCCAAAGUCGUACAAGGUGUCCCUGAUCGAGUAUUGACCGCUGUUGGCACGGUGGAAAGCGUUGCCAAGGCAUAUGGAUUCGUUGCUCAAACAUUAAUUGAUAACCUUGCUGGUGCACCUGCAACUCCACCUAUUUCCCCCAUCACUCAUGAGGACGGCUCAAAUACUGGCAGCAACACUACACUGCGAUUGCUUAUAUCACACAAUCUCAUGGGUACUGUCAUUGGUCGCCAAGGUGUCAAGAUCAAGCAUAUUCAGGAUAUGUCUGGUGUUCACAUGACUGCUUCUAAAUCCUUGCUGCCGCAGAGUACUGAACGCGUGGUUGAGAUCCGAGGCACUGUUCAUGGCAUUCAGACGGCUAUCCAGGAGAUUGGACAAUGCUUGCUAGAAGAUAAGGAGCGUGCAUAUGGUACCAUCCUCUACAACCCCAUCAAAGCUACAAAGACCAAUCAACAACAGCCACAAGGAUUCACUCAGCAACAUCAACAUCGUCGUAGCUCCUCCAUUACACGUACCGGCAACGGCAGUGACUUCACCUCUUCCACCUCCACGAACGGUGGUGCCUUGGGAAGCCAGCCAUCAUCGCGUCGUCAAUCCGUAUCUUCUUCCUUCGCUGCUGAUAAUCCCAACAUUCGCACUCAACACAUUUGCAUUCCAAGUGAUAUGGUUGGCUGUAUUAUUGGUAAGGGUGGUGCCAAGAUCUCUGAAAUCCGUCGUCUUUCUGGUUCGCGUAUCUCCAUUGCCAAAAUGGCUCAUGAUGAAACCGGUGAACGCAUGUUUACUAUCCAAGGCACUCCAGAGGCAAAUGAACGUGCAUUGUAUCUUUUAUAUGGACAAUUGGAAAAUGAAAAGGAACGUCGUUUGCAAGGAAUGAUGCAGCAAGAGGAUCUUCUUUUAGAAGCGGAUGAAGAGUAA